AUGGCUUCGCUUUAUGACGGUAAAUGUCACGCUAAUGCUGUACAUGGCCGCAAGUUUGGCGGCAAUGCAGGAAAAGCGGAUCACUCGAUCACGCCGCCCAGCCUAUCUAUCUCUAGCAUAAUCAAGGCCUUCCUCUUGGGCCCACCGCGCAUCCUAGUGCGAGCCCUUGUUCUCCAGUCUGCGUUGAAAUUCCGAGCCUAG